UGGGCGUCUUCUGAGAGCUGCCCGACACAGUGCCUGAUCGCAUUCAGACGUGUUCUGCUGUUUAUUUUGUGCCGAGCAACUUUACUUAAAUUCGCGUUAAACUGUGUUGGAAGCUAUUAGCGUGAGAGGUUCAGUUUGGGUGUUUUCUGUCGUUGUGUCGGGCUUUUCCCGCAGGCAGCUGCGAGCGCGGGCGUCGGAGAAACAUGGCGGAGCUGAACGGCGGUGCAGAACUGAAGGAUUUCUUGAAGCUCAUUGGCUCUUAGAGAUCCGGAGAGAGUUUGCAGCAUCAGCCGCGUCUGCCAGAGUUGAUGAUUCAGCAGGAGAAGCCGUUGGCGGGCAGCAUGCCGGUGGUUUGGCCCACGCUGCUCGACCUCAGCAGAGAUGAAUGCAAACGAAUCCUGCGCAAACUGGAGCUGGAAGCGUACGCCGGCGUGAUCAGCGCUCUGCGCGCUCAAGGAGAUCUCACCAAAGACAAGAAGGAGCUGCUGGGAGAACUCACUCGAGUGCUGAGUAUCUCGACGGAGCGGCAUCGAGCGGAGGUGCGCAGAGCUGUGAACGACGAGCGCCUGACCACCAUCGCUUAUCACAUGUCGGGGCCCAACAGCUCGUCGGAGUGGUCCAUCGAGGGCCGGCGGCUGGUUCCUCUCAUGCCCAGACUGGUUCCUCAGACGGCCUUCACUGUGAUGGCCAACGCCGUAGCAAACGCGACCGCGCACCAGAACGCCUCGCUGCUGCUGCCCGCCGAGACCGCCAACAAAGAAGUGGUGGUGUGUUACUCGUACACCAGCACCACCUCCACUCCACCCAGCGCAUCGGCUCCCAGCAGCAGUGCAGCAGCAGCCCUUAAAUCCCCUCGACCCGCCAGCCCCGCCUCCAACGUGGUGAUGCUGCCCAGCGGGAGUACAGUCUACGUCAAGAGCGUGAGCUGCUCCGAUGAGGACGAGAAACCCCGUAAGAGGCGGAGAACCAACUCGUCUAGCUCCUCCCCCAUGCUGCUGAAGGAGGUGCCUAAAGUGGCCACGCCCAUUCCCAAAACCAUCACGCUUCCGGUGAGCGGCAGCCCCAAGAUGAGCAACCUGAUGCAGAGCAUCGCCAACUCGCUGCCGCCGCACAUGUCACCGGUGAAGAUCACCUUCACCAAACCCUCCACCCAGACCACCAACAGCACCACGCAGAAGGUAAUAAUCGUGACGACGUCUCCCAGCUCCAACUUCGUGCCCAACAUCUUGUCCAGGUCGCACAACUACGCGGCCGUGUCGAAGCUGGUGUCGAGUGCCGCGCUCAACGCGGCCAGCCAGAAGCAGACCAUGGUGCUCUCAGCCGGCUCCGCCGCGGCCCUGGGGCACAGUCCUGUCGCCGUGACGACCAUGGUGUCCUCCACACCUUCAGUGGUGAUGUCCACCAUCGCACAGGGAGUGAAGAUCAUCACGCAGCAGAUGCACCCCAGUAAGAUCUUACCCAAACCCUCCAGCGCCGCGCUGCCCAGCAGUAGCUCCGCCCCCAUCAUGGUGGUCAGCAGCAACGGCGCCAUCAUGACCACUAAACUGGUGUCCACUCCCACAG